AUGCACGUACUGUUAUUGCUUCCAUUCUUUCAAUUAUUACAUGGUUUGGAUGUCUCUAAUUUUGUUCCAAAAGUUUCUGCUGAUAUAUCACCUUGCAAAAGUUGUAAAAUAUUAGUUCAAUCGUUUGAGAAGGGUCUUGAAAAAACUAAAAAUGGUCACUUUGGUGGUGGAAAUACAGCAUGGGAAGAGAAAAACUUAUUGACUUAUGCAAAAAGUGAAGUGAGAUUUGUGGAAAUCCAUGAUUCAUUGUGUACUGAAAUAUCUCAUGACCAAGAUAUGUGUUUUUAUUUGUCGAGUGAAUACGAACAUCAUUUAAAAGAAUGGUGGACAGAUGGCCGUCAAGAAGAUCUAUUCCAAUGGUUUUGUGUUGACAAAUUAAAAGUGUGUUGCCCACCAAAACAUUAUGGCCCUGAUUGUUUACCAUGUAAAGGUUAUCCAAAUGUUUGUAAUUCUCAUGGAACUUGCAAGGGCGAUGGAACUCGAAAAGGCAAUGGGUCAUGCAAAUGUAAAAAUGGUUAUGAAGGUACCAACUGUGAUCAUUGUGCCAAUAACUAUUUUGUUAUACUGAAAAAUAAUACUUUUACCUGUGAAGAAUGCCAUAAAUCAUGCAAAGAUAGCUGUACAGAAUCAGGGCCAAAAGGUUGUGAUGAAUGUAAAGAUGGAUGGGUGUACAUGGGUGAAGGUGAAGGUUGUGUGGAUGUUGAUGAGUGUUUGGAACAAGACGUUUGUACUUCACAACAAUUUUGUAUUAAUAAUGAUGGCUCGUAUUCUUGUUUGAGUUGUGAUCCAUCAUGUACAGAUUGUUAUGGUGAUGGAAAUGAUAUGUGCUUCAAUUGCGCCACAGGAUACAUCAUGAAAGACAAAAAAUGCAUAGAUGCUAGUGAAGGCUAUGAAGUCGAAGAGAAAACUGAUGGACACCAAAUGGAAGAGCUCUGA